UGGAUACCAAACCAUCACAAAUUAAGCUAUUUCCAAAGGCUCUAAUUCAAGUUUCUCUCUGAAAACCAAACACUUAGUACAUUUCUGCCAUUGUCUCAAAAACCUCAAGGUCUUACAAGUUUAAAAUUCUCGCCCCAGGACUGUCAAUCAUUUCCUCAUUUAUAUAUCAAACCACAUAUAUACCUCAUGGAAGGAACGUAUGCCCCACUUCAAGCUCCAACUUAUGGAAAUCUGGUUACUAUCCUCAGCAUUGACGGGGGUGGAAUAAGAGGCAUUAUCCCCGGAACCAUCCUUAGCUUUCUUGAAUCUGAACUUCAGAAACUGGACGGUGAGGAUGCAAGAAUCGCAGACUAUUUCGACGUGAUCACAGGGACAAGCACAGGUGGUCUAGUGACCGCCAUGCUUGCUAGCCCAAAUGAGAAGAAUCGUCCGGUUUUUGCUGCAAAGGAUAUCAAGGACUUUUACCUUAAUGAGUGCCCUAAGAUCUUCCCUCAACACUGUUGGCAACCUCAAGUGUCAAAAGUGAUAAAAGCUAUAGCAGGACCAAAAUACGAUGGGAAAUAUCUGCAUAACCUUGUUAAGGAAAAACUAGGAAAUACAAGAUUGAACCAGACAUUGACUAAUAUUGUCAUCCCAACUUUUGAUGUCAAAAAACUCCAACCUACUAUCUUUUCCAGCUUUCAGGUUAAGAAUAAUCCAUCUAUAAAUGCUCUGCUUUCGGAUAUAUGCAUUUCAACUUCAGCUGCACCAACUUAUCUUCCAGCUCAUUAUUUUGAAAUCAAAGAAGAGAAGACAGAAAAAGUGAGAAAGUUCAACCUUAUUGAUGGUGGUGUUGCUGCAAAUAAUCCGACUUUGGUUGCUAUGGGAGAAGUGACAAAGGAAAUAAUCAAGGGAAGCCAAGACUUCUUUCCUAUAAAGCCGAUGGACUAUGGUAGAUUUCUAGUCAUAUCCUUAGGUACUGGGGCACCAAAAGCUGAAGAAAAAUAUAGUGCUGACGAUGCUGCAAAAUGGGGUGUAUUGGGUUGGUUAACAGCCAGCGGUUCCACACCUUUAGUCGAUGUAUUUACUCAUGCUAGUGCUGACAUGGUAGAUUUGCACAUUUCUGUACUUUUUCAAGCCCUUCACUCUGAAAGAAACUAUCUCAGAAUUCAGGAUGAUACAUUAAGUGAGACAGUUGCCUCUGUGGAUGUAGCUACAAAAAAGAACUUAAAUGAUCUUGCGAAAAUUGGUGAAGGGCUAUUAAAGAAACCAGUUUCAAGGGUAAAUCUAGAGACUGGAAUAUUUGAGCUUGUGAAUGAGGAGACAAAUGAAGAAGCUCUUAUAAGGUUUGCCAAACAGCUCUCUGAAGAAAGGCGACUUCGCCAUGCUAAGUCACCUCAUGGACAAGCUCCAAAACCAAAAUGAUGAUAAUGAUACAAGGGAUUUGGAUUCUUUAAAGUGGAAUAAUAUUGUAUUUCGCAAGUUAAAGAACCUUAAAUUAUAUGAUUCUGUAUUGUUCAUGCUGUGCUUGAAUAAGUGUCUAAAGGGAUACAAGUUGUAAUGUUUUCUCCUUAAUUUUAUUUUAAUUUUUUUUAUUUAAGUUCUUUGGAUUUGUAAGUGUGAAUCCGUUUAUGCAAUAAAAUUUAUUUAAGACAGGUUAAUUUUUA